AAGCAAAAAGUAUAACCCCAGAAAAUGUAAUAACUCGGUCUAUCCAAUCAUCUUCUCUGGGUGUGCUCUGCACCCAUUUCUCAUAAACCCCCCAACUCUCUCCAAUCCAAUCCACCACCAUCAUCAUCAUCAUCUCUCUCUCUCUCUCUCUCUCUCUCUCUCUCUCUCUGCGACAAUGGGGAGGAAAUGCUCACACUGUGGAAACAUAGGACACAACUCAAGAACGUGUUCUUCUUACAACAGAACAGGGGUUAGGCUCUUCGGCGUCCAGCUCGACCUCCCCACCGCCUCUUCUCCUCCUCCGCCGCCGGAUUCCUCCGCCGCCAUGAAGAAAAGCUUCAGCAUGAACUCUUUGCCAGCGGCGUUUUCCUCCUCAUCCUCCUCCUCCGCCUCUUUCUCCGGCUAUCUUUCCGACGGCAUCGCCCCUACGUCGCCCGACCGCAAGAAAGGGGUUCCAUGGACGGAGGAGGAGCACAUGAAGUUUCUUUUAGGGUUACAGAAGCUGGGGAAAGGAGACUGGAGAGGGAUUUCUCGAAACUUCGUGGUCACGAAAACGCCUACUCAAGUGGCAAGCCAUGCCCAGAAGUACUUUCUCCGUCGAGCAACCCUCCACAAGAAGAAACGCCGUGCCAGCCUCUUCGAUAUGGUCUCGGCCGAUGAUGUUAACGGAGUCGGUGUUUGGAAACACGGAUUAAUCAGUCCUGACCUUGGAUAUGAUCCAAGCCCGAAUAAAACCGGGUCGGGCAGCAGCGGAGGAGGACCCGAUCUUGAGCUAAAGCUCACAGUCCUGCAAUCUCCACAGACGAACAAAGGACCUUCUUCUUCUGCGUCUCUUCUCGUUAUCAGCGUUACGUAA